AUGGACUACAGAGGCGGAAACCGCGGUGGAUUCAGGCGUUUGUCGCCGAAUCGAGGACGGGGCUCACCAACGCGUCUGCCGCAUGGUGGCACUCCAUCGGGAUCAAGCGCGCCGCACGAUGUUUCGAGUAGCCAUGGGGGGUCGACAGGGUCGAGAGGCACGCUACCGACGCGUUUGUCGCGCGGUGUCAUGUCUCGAGGCUCGAAUUCGCGUCCAAGAGGAGGACCGUCUCGUCUGCCGAGCGGUCUCUCCGCAUCCGUCGCUGACCUCGCGUCCGACGACAAUGGAGAUAGUGUAUCGCACAUUCUCAUACCUCAGGUAAAGCUUUCGGAAUCCGAGAAGGCAACUCUCACAACCACCCCUCAUUUCCAUGGUGUUGUCCGUAACGACACCGGCAUCUUUGUCGUCUUCAACGCCAACCGCAAGGCGUUGUCGGAAAUCACCCCCCGCAAUGGCCAAGGUCCCGUUCUCCACACAAUGUCUUGGAUCCCUCCUCGGCGGAUUCAUCUCAUGUGCAGUCCUCAGCAUCGCAUACUCGAUGGAGAUCUCCUGGGAAUCCUGAAUGUCUCAGAGCGCCACCUUACGAUGCGGAAGCUCCAGUCCGACACGGCAGCUUGUUGGGUCCUCCGUGAGGACAUCGCUCUUCGGUGGGCCAGUCUGGAGGGGUUCUUGGACAAACUCGCAUGGUCUCUGCAGGAUCACAUGGCAGGACUUCAUUCUCGGCCGGAAUCUGGGACUAUGCAAAGUCGGCCCAUUUCAUAUCACUACACGCAAUCCUUCUCGUCAGAAGCCGACCUGUUCCGAGCAGUCUUCUCCGCCCAAGAUGCCUUUGUGCGUCUGUUCAGUGCUAUCACACUGUAUUUCCUAAUUCUGGACGCCUCUCCCCAACGCGAAACCUGGCGCACAGGAGUGAUGGUCAGCCUCGACCUCCCGAAUCACUUGAUGGAUGCCGUAGAAACAGUAGUCGAACGUUUCCUGCGCCAUCCGGCAGGGAUCAUCUUGGACCUCACGCUGAAUGAUGCCUCGGCGCUCGACUGGUUGUUUAAGCUUCUCAUCAGGAACUCAUCGCCCAUCCAUCCACCGAUCUACUUCUUCCUGGGUGAAGGUCUCAGUGCCGUCAGUCACGCGAGCCAUCUUGAACGCUAUCCCUCGAUGGAGAAGAUCCGUCUGCACGUGCAGGAGACGAUUCACGCACUGAAUCAGCUCACAUUGCAGAGUGUUGCGUGUGAAGAGUACGUCUUCGUGCAGUCGAAUAUGCGUUUAUGGGGAACGUUUUCCAAUCCCGAGUACUACGCUCAUUUGGACACCCAGGAACGCCAAUUCCCACCUGUCGAGCCCCACAGCGGUCAACACGCAGGCCAAAGCUAUAUCGAUUUCUUUGCUCGCCGAAAGGAGGCGAACGAUCGCAGAGAGCAGGUUGAAACUCCUGCGCAGAGAAACAGGCGGCUGCAGCGCGAGAAGAAUGCUGAGAAGAAAGCCGCUCCUGGCAAGCAAGGGGCGCGGGUGUUCAAAUGGGAUCAAGUCGACAACUUCUGGGUCCGUCGCUCGAUCACACGUGUGGAGGCGGAGGAUGAAUGGGAAGACUUUGCCGAUUCCCAGAUGGUGUACGACUCGCAUCAGAACGAGUGGGAUUUGUGCAAGGCACUAGAUCCCCAUGCGCUGCCUCAAUAUUCCGACGACGGAUGGGACAGCGAUGACUCCCUGCCGUGCAUGCGCCCAUACCCUCCGCCGUCAGGUCCCUCCCAGGCAGUUCUUUCGCAAUCAGGUCCUGCGCAGCAGCCGCCUGACUUCAGUGACGACUACGAUGCCAAUCUGCCUCAAGACCUUUCCGCAGAAGUUCGGUCAGCGCUGAACAACAUAGAUGCUGUCCUUGCGCAUUUCGCAAGCUAUCACGCGGAAAGCAGCAUGGAAGACAGCUCUUGGAUGACACCGGCGGUUGACCCCGCCGACAAGCAUCCCGCUCGAGCGAUCCUCGAAUACCGGGUUGGGCUUGUCGACGACCGAGAGAAGUCUUUCCCCGAGGCGCUUAUGGCGAAAUCCACCGUCGCGGCCUACUUCUUAGGAAACGGAACAUCUUCUACACCUUCUUGGAUAAGUGAUGCGGCCAGGGCGCUGCUGAAGGCGCUGGACAAAGGCAAGACUCUCGCCGAUAUGCCACCGGAGCUUUUCGACCUCCACAAUCCCGAGCUCGUGGACGCCAUGUGCAAGGAGUGCGGCGUCAUCAUCUCGCUGCUGGAAGGGAUAUCCCAGGUGGCCUACCGUUCAACCGGGUACAACAUUGUACCGAAAUCGGCAGACCCACUCAAGCGUGAGCUGCUGCUCUUCAAUGCCACCACGGUCAUGCACAUUUUCCGCCGCCAUUUUAAGACAUGGUCCGAGCUCAUCGAGCUACUCCAUGAUCUAGGCGCUCCAUUCGAAAUCUGUGUUUCAGCACCUACGUUCGGUGCCUCAUCCUAUAACGCCGAUCUUUACCGGUUCGCUGGUCUGGGAGUUCGCCCGCAGGGGUAUAUCCCCAGUCCGCAAGAUCUUCUUGCGUACUGGGAUCUUGCUCGGCGCUUCCUCCUCUCGCCGCGUGGACGUCUUGCCCUCCAGGCUGGAGGUGUCAUUGCGCACUGUUUGAAUCGCAACGCACCCAGCGGCCACCAGGAGAAACGUGUGUCCUGGUGGCCUCAACCUGGCACGUUCUUCACCUCGGGAUUGAAUGUCGGUUGGUGGACGCCAGACUGCGAGCAGUGGUUCCAAUCAGUUCUGAAGCAGAUGCGGGAGAACAAAGCCGUAGUCCUCAACAACGGUGACUGGAAGGCAAGGAUCCGUGGCUACAGUGCUGCUGGGCGGAUGGCCAAGAACCUCGAGGCCGUGCAUAAAGAAUUUCUUGUCAACUUCCACUGA